AUGCCUCCCAGGUUACAGAUCCCGACCACCAUUUCUGAAACUCCAAAACAUCUACCAGAGCAACCUUUUAUAUCUGCUCAAGUCAUAGAGACGCGCCAGGCCGAUACCCGAGAAGACAUCGCUUUUGGAGCGCAACAAACCGUGCCUGCAGAGGAUGGUGGUCCUCCAACCCCCUUGAUAGAUGGGGCGCGUCUGGAAACGCGAGUUCUCCCCUCGCGGGAGGUUACGGACGACAAUUUUGAUGAUGCCUAUGUCAACUUCAUAAUGCACUGCAACCCGGCCGUUGCAUUAGACACAGAUGCAUCCGAACUCAGAAAAACCUUCAGAGCACCCCCAAAAAGUGAUGGCAAAUCAUUCAGCACAUACACCCUCUUCGAACUAAUAUCAAAACUGGAACGAAAGGAAAUCAAAACAUGGGCUCAGCUUGCAAUUGAUUUGGGAGUCGAGCCGCCAGCGCUGGAUAGGGGACAGAGCGCUCAAAAAGUUCAACAGUAUGCAGUGAGGUUAAAGCGUUGGAUGCAUGCAAUGCACGUCGAUGCAUUUUUCGAGUACCUUUUAAGUAAGCCUCACGUAUAUUGGACUCAGGUCCCAUCUCCCGGUGACCCCAACGGUGAACUUGGGCGUGAUGGAGUGGUUCCAGAGGAAGACUUGGCUCUUCGUGCACUACUACCAGAGACCAGGCCCAAACGUGGUCGGCGCAAAGCCGAGGACAGAGAUAAUGAAAGCGAUACUGGAAAGUCACCAGCUCAGCGUCCCCGCCUGGAGUCUUCGCCUGGCCUAUCUGAAGACUUUAUGAUGGCUAGGGCUUCAAUCAUUGGAGACUCCGCUACACCCGCAUCAGCUCAUCCAGGUUUUGCUCAAAGUUUCCAAGAUAGGAUAGCUCCAUGGUCUGCAACUGAAAUCAGAGGGUCUUUGCCCAGCAACUUCCGCUGGAAUGGCCCUGAUACCACACAAACCCCUCUAUCAGCGUAUCCACAAUCCGCUAUUACGCCGUCUACCCGAAGGAUGAUGUGGAACGAUUCAAAUGAACCUCAAUCGGCGAUUACACCGAAGAGCCGAUCUCGACGUCGACAUGGCCCCGCCGUCUCGUCAGCUUGGCCGAGCAGUGGCGGGACAUCUUCAGGGAAACUGAGAGGUAGACCUUCGAGCACUCGCUCCGUUACUGAUGGGCCUUUCUCGACGUUUCCAGUCAACCCAACAUCCAGAGAUGUACCGACAAUUAGUCUUCACGAUAACACACCAACAGCUACCCCUGUAGUGGAUAAUUCUGAAGUGCCUCGUUUCUUCGCAGACACCGCAGUGCCAAAUCCGCAGAUUUCAAACGGUAGGCCUAGUCGACUGCAACUUCAAGUUCCGCAACGGCAAGGUGGACCGGUAAGGUUAGCAACACCACCACCACCUCCUCCUCCACCUGUUCUGUUUAAUGGACAUGAUGCUGCAAAUAUGCACCAGGACCAAACACCGGGCAGCCAACAGGUCACAUCCCUCAUGGAGUACUUUAGUAAUGAUCAGGAUCCGAAUUUUCAGCAUUUCGUUAGCUUUGCAUUCCGGCACAACGAUGACACCGACCGCACGAAUAUGGAUGCCUUAGAGAGCCAUUUCAUAUGUGAAAUCUUAGCUGCAGAGUGGAUUGAUGCAUCCGGAGCAAGUAUUGAAAGAUGUACCACUGACGAGGCAGAUAAGAUCUGCAAAGAGGUUAUCAAGAACCUACAAGCCGAGUCCAGCAGCACGGAAACAUUCUUGAUCAAUCUGUCAGCCCUGGCAGGAGGGCCGUUGAUGACUCGGCUAAGGAUGACCCGGCUUGAGCAGGGUUCGGUUUCUCACUACGAAUGUUACUGGAAAAUGAGAUUCGGCUCGAUCGAGGGUAGCUUUACGAUCCGAGCCAGCAUACAUCACGAGAUUCAAUCGGCAGCCUUAAAUCACGGACCGGAGCCGACGGAGGAAUCAUGGAAGAAGAGAUAUCUGGAUCUUCGGCAGCAGAUACGGGAAAGAGACGCGAAGGUAGCGAAGCUUAGAAGGGGUGUUCUAGACGCUUUGGUGGUCUCGAAUCAAUUCUCGGGUGCUGCUGAGGUGUAA